GAUAUAAAACCGUUGGGCCAAAACAAUCAAAACCUAAGUUCUUGCACUGCAAGUUGCUGAAUUUUUUUCGAUAGUUACCUUCGUAAAGACUAUAAUCUUCAUCAAGCAAAAUUUAUAUUCUUUUUAUCUGCUUCCACUUGCUUUACUUAUCGCGGAGAGGGGUCUAGUUGGGUAAUUUAUCUCAUGAUUGGAAUUGUUUAGAUGCGGCUCUUCUAUUUUUCAUUCUGAUCUGUGGUGUUAUUCUGCAUCGGUUUGAUAUGACUGCAUAAGGACCAUUUCGAUCUGCUCUUCGUUAUUGCACAAUAUUCAGCUAUAGAUCUCAAUUGGACAUCAUGGGUGAUCUGGGCCAAGAAACCUGCAAUGAAUCCUUCAUGAUGGACAAAUUGGGGAAGAUAUUUGUUGCCGGACACAGGGGACUGGUGGGUUCAGCUAUUGUCAGGAAGCUUCAUGAAUUGGGGUUUGAGAAUUUGGUCCUUAAGACUCACAAGGAACUAGAUCUCACUCGACAAGCAGAUGUUGAGAAGUUUUUCUCAGAAGAGAAGCCCAAAUAUGUGAUUGUUGCAGCAGCCAAAGUUGGGGGUAUCCAUGCUAACAAUACUUACCCUGCUGAUUUCAUAGCCAUCAAUCUCCAAAUCCAAACGAAUGUGAUUGAUGCAAGCUAUAGGAAUGGUGUGAAGAAGCUGUUGUUUCUGGGUUCUUCUUGCAUUUAUCCAAAAUUUGCUCCACAACCAAUCACUGAAGAUGCACUCCUGACUGGUCCUCUGGAACCUACUAAUGAGUGGUAUGCUAUUGCUAAGAUUGCUGGGAUAAAAAUGUGUCAAGCAUACCGUCUGCAGUACAAGUGGGAUGCAAUUUCUGGUAUGCCCACAAACCUUUAUGGCCCAAAUGAUAAUUUUCAUCCUGAGAAUUCUCAUGUGUUGCCUGCCUUAAUGCGUCGAUUUCAUGAAGCUAAAGUUUCUGGAGCAAAAGAAGUGGUUGUUUGGGGCACUGGUUCACCUUUGCGGGAAUUCCUGCAUGUGGAUGACCUGGCUGAUGCAGUGAUUUUCCUAAUGGAUAAGUACAGUGAUUUUCCCCAUGUGAAUAUGGGAAGUGGAAUUGAAGUGACAAUCAAAGAACUUGCAGAGCUUGUCAAAGAAGUUGUAGGAUUUGGUGGGGAGCUUAAAUGGGAUUCUACAAAACCAGAUGGGACUCCUCGAAAGCUCAUGGACAGCUCAAGGUUAGCAAGCAUGGGAUGGAACCCCAAUAUUUCUUUGAGGGAUGGGCUUGUAGAUACAUACAAGUGGUAUUUAGAGAAUUACAUUCAGUAGAUUUCUUUCUACCUUUAUUUAAACAGAACAAGUAUUCACGGGCUUAAUAAAGACAUUUUGGCUUAUAACACAUUAUUUUAUGUGACCCAAAAUUUCAUAUAUCACCUAGAGCUUAGCUUUAGGUUAUCUUUCAUUUGUUUUCAAUCUCAAGAUCUAUAAUAGUAUGUUUUCCUUGAUAUAUAUUAUGAUUUUCAAGCCA